CGCAGCCGAGAGCCGCCCGAGCGCCUGGGCUGCCGGCCCGCAUCUGCACGGCCCGACACGUGCGUGCAUGGCUCGCCGGAUUCAGGAGGCCGCAGUAACGGUGCAUGGCGUGAUCGACUCACACCCUCUCAGCAGACUCCAUCGGGUCUCCCGAGUCCCAGUCCAAGUCCGUCACGACUGCACGGAGCUGAUUCUGGUUUGGAAGGAAAAGGGCACGGCUGACUGGCGAUCGCUGGAGCUGUAGACAUGUAUGUACCUGAACGGGCAUAAGAUCCUGCCUUAACAGAGUAUUUCCCUGGACACGUGAAAAGCAAGGAGGAGAGAAAAUCUAAAAUCCACAGUUGGGCCGGCCCAACUGAAAUUGUCGCAAAAAUGUGCCAGGCUUGGUGUUCCCAAGGGGUAACCACGAGAUGCGAUGAUCCGGGAAUGUGAGACCCUCCUCCGGCUCUCGUGAGUGGAAGCGUCUCGGCCCAGUGGCAAAGCGUCUGAGUCAGGCCCCUGUGGGUUUGGGCACAGGGUGAGGAGGCCAGCGGGGUGGCUGUUCCAGCCUUUUCAGACCGAGCAGCUGUCCGCGGAGAACUCCAUCAGGAGUGAUUUCCCUGCUUCCCUCUAGUCGACCACUCAGUGAGCGAGCCCGGCAGCAGCGACCGUAGCGAACCUGCGAGGGCGGAAAGUCAGCAGGGGCUGUGCUUCUCCGCUGGCUGGGCAGAUUCUCUGCAGCCAGCGAGCUCCUGGCUUUCCGGGAACGAGUUCCUUCCCCCCGCCAAGUUGCUGACCUGGAGAAGCUCAGAGGGCCUGGUGGAUGAGACCCGUGGGGCCGAGGGAGGUGCCCCGAACCCUGGGCGGCAGCUCCCGUGGAGACGGGGGCUUUGUUGAAGGAGGGCGGCACCCUGAGGAGCAGAGAAACGUUCCCCUGGAAGCAGCGCACUCCCUGGAAGACAAGCAGAGUCCAUGCCGGGCCUGGGGGCGGUCCACCCUGAGCCGCCGGACGGGGGCUGGGGGUGGGUGAUUGUGCUGGCCGCCUUCGCCCAGUCGGCCCUGGUCUUCGGCGUGAUCCGCUCCUUCGGGGUCUUCUUCGUGGAGUUCGUGGCGCACUUCAGCGAAUUGUCCGGACGCAUCUCCUGGAUCACGUCCAUCGGGAUCGCAGUGCAGCAGUUUGCCAGUCCCGUGGGCAGUGCCCUGAGCUCCUGCUAUGGGGCCCGCCCGGUCAUCAUGGCUGGGGGGUUCUUCUCGGCCUUGGGGCUCUUCCUGGCGUCCUUUGCCAGCUGCCUGGCCCACCUGUACCUCUGCAUCGGGCUCCUGUCAGGUUUCGGCUGGGCGCUGGUCUUCACCCCCUCGAUGGCUUCCGUGGCACGCUACUUCGAGAAGCGCCGGAUGCUGGCCACGAGCCUGGCGCUGACGGGCGUGGGGCUCUCCUCGUUCGCCUUCUCCCCGCUCUUCCAGCUGCUGGUGGACGUCUACGCGUGGCGCGGGGCCCUGAUGAUCGUGGCCGCCAUGUCCUUCAACCUGGUGGUCUGCGGGGCCCUCGUCCGGCCCCUGGCCCUGACGGGGGACCCGCUGCGCCCGCCCCAGGGCGGCCUGGUGGGGCUGAGCCGGAAGACGCUCUCCUCGCUCUUCGGCCUGCACCUCCUCGCCCACUGCCCCUUCAUGCGCUUCGUCUGCGCCGUGACCCUGAUCAACACGGGGUACUUCAUCCCCUACAUCCACCUGGUGGCCCGGGCGAGGGAGCUGCGCGUGGACGAGUACCAGGCCGCCUUCCUGAUGUCCGUGGCGGCCGCGGCCGACCUGUGCGGCCGCCUCUUCUCCGGCUGGCUGGGCAGCUGCUGCCGGGCCGUGCGGCUGAUCCACCUCCUGGUGCUCUGGACCCUGCUGACGGGGGCCUCGCUGCUGCUGCUGCCCUGGGCCCGCACGUACCCGCCCCUGGUGGCCGUCAGCCUGAGCUACGGCUUCUUCUCCGGAGCUCUUUCGCCCGUGGUCUUCUCCAUCAUCCCAGAGAUCGUGGGCAUCGGGAACAUCUUCAGCUCCAUGGGGCUGCUGCAGAUGAUCGAGAGCAUCGGGGGGCUCCUGGGGGCGCCGCUCUCAGGCUUCCUGAGGGACUUGACGGGGGACUACGUGGCCUCCUUCUUGGCCGCCGGCGCCUUCCUCGUGGCGGGCAGCCUCGUCCUGCUCACCGUGCCCGGCUUCUGCAGCCGCCCAGCCUCGGCAGCGCCACAGGAACCCAGCGCCAGGGCGGAGGCCGGGGCGGGCCCCCCCUCGUCGCCAGAGCCUCGCCCUGUGGUGGUCCUCGCUUCGCCCACGGCCACCGUGCCCGGGGCAGGGCAACUGCUCUCGGCCAGCUGAUGCCCGUGCCGUGACCCGGGGCAGCGGUGCGAUGCGGGGCGGAGGGCCGAGCGCCGUCGGGGCCGGUGAACCAGGUGCCUCCUCCGCCCAGGAGAGCGGCCUGGCGUGCGUCCGGCUUGGCUCAGCCGCGAGCGAUGCAGGCCCAGGUCUUGCCCGGCUCCCCCGAGGUGCAGAAGGGAGUUCCAAGGCAGGCCUCUCAUUGCUGCUGUUUGUGGCAUCCCUGACCGGGCCGCCUUUCCUCCAGAGAAGUGAGCCGGGCCUCCCAGCACCCUGCGUGCCCCCCUGCCUCUAGGGAGCGCUGCCGGAGCCUCGCCAGCAGGCCUGGCCCUCGUGCCGGGCUCCCCAGGCCGGCCUGCAGAGGCACCGGGGCUGCCCUCCUUCCUUCGGGGCCCCUCGGAAGGGCGGAGAGGUGCGGCUCCAGGGAGAGUCGGAAAGGCACGUUCCCUGCUCCAGGGCGACAGCUCUGCGUUGGUGUACUUGGCGAUGCUCCUGCCCUGGGGGGCACUUCGGGGAAGGCGGCUCCCCCCACAUCGCUGCCCCACCCGCCCACAGAGAUGACCCACGGGCUGCGUCGGCGGAAGGAGCCCCUCCUGCCUCCGGUGCUUCCUGGUCUAGGACCAAUCAUGUUCCGAAAGGCGAGAUGGAGCCACUUCUGGGGAACGGUGCUCAUGUGCCACAGCAGGAGCCGGAGGGCAACUCCGAAAGGGGGGAUUUCUCUCCCAGGGAGAUGCAGGAAGGCGCUAAUCCCCCCCCCCAUGCUGCCCUCCCUGGUCCAGCAGGAGAGGGCGCACCUCGGCGCUCUGAUGGGCACAUGGCCAGCCACUGCACGGAAUCGCUCUGCCCCGCCGUCCCCCUGGGCCUGGGCCUCUCCAGGGCUGGAGGAUCCUCCAGUGGCCCGAGGAGCAAGGUUUCUGCCUGGAAAGGGUCGCAGAUUGUGAUUUGCGGGAUCUGGUCUCCCGACAGCUCCCCCUCGGGCCGUGGCAGCACGGCCGACAAACCCUCAAA